AUGGACUACGAUGUAAUCGCGAACCAGCCGGUUGUGAUUGAUAAUGGCUCGGGGUCCAUUAAAGCUGGUUUCGCCGGAGGGCAAUCUCCCAAGGUGCGGUUUUCCAACUUCGUUGGUCGACCAAAGCAUACCCGAGUGAUGGCUGGAGCGCUGGAAGGCGACAUGUUCAUAGGUCCAAAAGCAGAAGAGUAUCGAGGUCUUCUUUCGCUCAAAUAUCCUAUGGAGCAUGGAAUAGUCACGGACUGGAAUGAUAUGGAAAAAGUCUGGCAGUAUAUUUAUAGCCAAGAGCAAAUGAACAUUUUUCCAGAGGAACAUCCUGUACUAUUAACUGAAGCUCCCCUAAAUCCCAUGAAGCACAAAGAAAAGGCAGCAGAAAUAUUCUUUGAGUCCUUCAACGUUCCUGCUCUUCAUAUACAAAUGCAGGCAGUUCUCUCUUUGUACUCAUCCGGUCGCACAACAGGAGUAGUUCUCGACUCGGGAGAUGGAGUCACCCACGUGGUACCCAUAUAUGAAGGUUUCGCCGUGGAUCAUGCUAUUGGACGAAUGGAUGUAGCAGGAAGAGAUGUGACGCGGUGGUUACGAUUGCUACUUCGCAAAGAAGGCACAGACCUUCAUAGAACAAGCGAAUUUGAAAUCGUCCGCGAAAUCAAAGAAAAAGCGUGCUAUUUGGCUACGAACGUUGUCAAAGAGGAAGCUAAUGAGAACGAUAAGCUCAUCUAUCCUCUACCGGAUGGUUCACGUCUUGACAUUGGUACGAGUAGAUUUCGCGCUCCAGAGAUUUUAUUUCGGCCGGAGCUGAUUGGAGAAGAAUGGCCAGGAAUUGCUCAACUCGUCAAUGACUCUAUUAGGAAAUGUGACAUGGAUGUGCGCAAAACUUUGUAUGGAAGCAUUAUACUGAGUGGUGGUUCUACCCUCUUCCAAGGAUUUGGUGAUCGACUUUUGUCGGAGAUGAGACGACUUUCUCCGCAAGAUACCAAAGUGAGGAUCACUGCACCACAGGAGCGUCUAUAUUCCACUUGGAUUGGCGGGUCAAUUUUAGCCAGUUUGGAUACGUUCCGGAAGUUAUGGGUUAGCAAGAAGGAGUACGAGGACGAAGGCAAAAAAAUUUUACAUAGGAAGUUUUUCUGA